UGUCGGGAUCACUGGUGAGGAAGGUGGACGGCGUCGUGGGCGUUGCGACGACGUCUUCCGUAUCAUGGGAGUCUUGGACACAAAUAUAAAAAGGCCUCUAUGGUCAGUGAUCUUUGCUCUCUAGCUCUCACAGUCCAGCAUCAGAGUCCAACAGCCUCUAACGCCCAUCUUUCAACCCAGCACCAGCAUCUUCAGUUCAGUUAAUCUUGCAUCAUGUAUACCUCGUUGCUUCUUGCUCUUCUCCCAACUGCCUUCGCGGCGCCCCUUCUCAAGCCCAGAGAUGCUACUCUCAUCCCCGGCAAGUACAUCGUCAAGUUCAAGACUGGCGAGAUGACUGCUUCUGCUGUCGAUGAGGCUAAGGCCGUGAUUGCGAGCACCCCUGACUUUGAGUACUCAUUCGGAGGUUUCAACGGCUUCGCUGGCACUCUGUCUGAUGCCGAGAUCGCUAAGCUCCAGGCUAUGCCCUCUGUCGAGUACAUUCAGCAGGAUGCCCAGGUCACCACCCAGGACUGGCAGUUUGAGAGCGGUGCUCCUUGGGGCCUAGGUCGCAUUUCUCACACGUCCAAGGGCAACACUACCUACGUCUACGACAGCUCUUCUGGAGAGGGCACCUGCAGCUACAUUAUCGACACUGGUAUCUAUACUGCCCAUCCGGAGUUUGAAGGCCGUGCUGAGUGGCUCGAGAACUUCACUGGCGACGGAUCCGACGCUGACGGCUAUGGUCACGGCACUCACGUUGCCGGCACCAUCGGCUCCGCCACAUACGGCGUUGCUAAGAAGACCAAGCUGUACGCCGUCAAGGUUCUUGACGACAGCGGCUCUGGCACCUACGCCGGUGUCAUUGCGGGUAUCAACUACGUUGCGACGGAUGCGCAGACGCGGGACUGCCCCAAGGGCUCCGUCGCCAACAUGUCUCUCGGCGGUGGCAAGAACACUGCCGUGAACGAGGCCGUGGCCGCCGCCGUAACCUCCGGCGUCUUCUUCGCCAUCGCCGCCGGAAACAGCAACGCGAAUGCGGCCAACUACUCGCCGGCCUCCGAGCCUAGCGCCUGCACCGUAGGCGCCACCGACUCCUCCGACGCGCGUGCCUCGUUCUCCAACUAUGGCGCCAUCGUCGACAUUUUUGCCCCUGGCGUCUCCGUGCUCAGCACCUGGAACGACGGCGGUGUUAACACCAUCUCUGGCACGUCUAUGGCUACGCCGCACAUUGCUGGUCUCGGUGCCUAUCUCUUGGCCUACGAGAGCAUUUCCCCAAGCGAGCUGUGCGGUCGCAUUGCUGAUCUCGCGAUUGAGAAUGCGAUUACGGGCCUGCCGAGCGGGACUGCGAAUCUUUUGGCCUUUAAUGGGGCUAAUGUGUAAGGGCGAACACACUGACGGUCGCCGGUCUCUCGCGGUUUAUAGAAGGAGAAGGCAAGGGAGGGUGAUGGCAUG